GUACGAAGUACGUCAAAUUCUUGUAUGAAUAAGUACGGCAAGAUCUUAUUGAUCUUGGUGAACUGCAGCGGAUAUGGCACCAUUAAGCACACACUCUCUCUUCCUCUUUUCCAUCUUUUUCUUGGAUAUCUUCACGAGCGUGCGAUCACUUAAUACGCAAUGCUACCACAAACUAGAGAACGUUGAACAUGCCACGAACCCUAUUGGAGGUCCUUGUGGCGUCGUCGCGCCCGACUCGGGCUUCAUGUCGUGUUGUGCAGUCGGUGAUCAAUGUCUUGAGGGUGGAUUAUGCCAUUAUAUCCAUCCACCCGCGCCAGGAUCAAAUGCUACCGGCUAUUAUGUAGGCGGCUGCACAGACCCUACACUCUCAGACCCAAACUGCAACCCUGGCUGCAACGACUUGAGCGUGCUUGACGUAACCUACGAUUCCACACUCGAUGCUUGGCUAUGCUGCAAUGCCGACGACGAUGGGAACAUAACCUGUGACAACCCGACGUCAGAGACGGUCUCUGCCAAGCAGAUUGCCAGUAUUGCGACGACAUAUGUAGUUCCGAGCGUCGUGGCGACCACAAGCGCGACAGGAGAUGCGGCAUGGACCACGAGUACGGAAGAGAGUGCGGAUAUUAGUGUGACUACGGAAAUGGUCACGAGUACAGGGGCGAGUCCAAUAUUGUUGACGGGCAGUGGGCCAACGAGCGCAACGAGCGCAACGAGUACAGCGAGUACAGCGAGCGCAGCGAGUAUAGCGAGUGCAGCAACGAAUACCUCACAGUCGAAAGCAAGCUCGGGAGGAUCCUCUCACUCGGGCGCAAUUGCCGGAGGGGUCGUCGGGGGCGUUGCAUUCGUCGCCCUGGUGGCAGGCGGACUUUGGUUCUGGUACAGACGUCGACGAACGGCGGGCGGGUACACCGAGAGAGAAGUAGACAGACAAGUAGUGAGGGAGAGAUUUCUAGAUGAGCCGGUAGAGAAGCCGGCGGAUAUCAAGUUGGCGGAGUUAAGCACGCGUCAUAAUACACCAGAGUUAUACGGAGCUCCGAUAGGAAGUGGCAAGAGGACAAAUACGGUGGCAGAGUUGCCGUGAGGGGCAAGAGUGAGGGAUUUUGAUGUGCGCUUGCUUGGUAUACACAUGCCUUGUCUGCAAGCUCGAGACGGGCUGGGGAGUAAUGAUGUUGUACUACUGUUAGCAUAUCUCCUGGAUGAAGUUUGACGCCAGGUCGAUUGAGAUACCCGACUGCAUUGCUACCCUUUAGCCAGAAACGGGAAAGGGCUCCAUCCUUAUAGCAUUUUGAUACCAUCUAGGACAAUUGGGCCGAGAGAAAGGGGAGGGGAGAGGGGAGAAGAGGUUAUAUAUAAUGUAUUAAUAACCACCUGAAAAUGCAAAAGGUCUUGAUAGAUACCUAC